AUGUUACAAGGUUUAACCCUUCUUUCUGAUGUUGAUACCACGGUUGAGUCUGAAUCGAACAUUGAUUCAUCUCUUCAAGCGUCCCAUGUUUCCUUUAAAACCGAACCUGAAGGGAAAGAACCCGAACCUGAAGGGUCCGAAGAAGCUAGCACUAUCGAAGUUAGUAAGAGAAAGUCGGUCUCUUCAGAUCCUUUGGCAGUCCGUUUUGAUGAUGCUUCUCUCCAGCUUUCUCCAAAGCGAUCAUGCAAUUCCUGCUUUUCGAAACCCCAAUAUCAAGGUCCCGAGGGUAUUGCUCACAUCUCUUCACUUGAUGGAAAUCCUAAAACUUAUGAGCUAUUUCAUGAUUGUCUUGUUUUUUCCGAUCCUGAUCUUAUCGUUACCAUUGAUGCCAUCCCUGCCUUUCCUCUAUCCUCCGCUCCCCUUGCUUCCAUUACUGAUCUUGCUUCCAUUAAAUCAGAUUUUCCCAUUCUUAUUACCAUCCCACUUCCUAUGUCUCUAGCUUCCUCCCUUCCGUCGUUUCUUCUGCCUUUUGCAAAUACUAAGUUCGUUCAGCCUCCCGAUAUUAAGGGAAUGAAGGAUGAGGAAGGGAUGGACAAAGCUCGAUCUCACAUUUUGGAAGGUCUUCACUAUAUGAACGAGUCUUUAGAGAGGGAGAAUGUAGGCCUUAAUCAAGAGAAUGACGUACUUGUUGCUGAGAAUGGGCGAUUACUUCGAGAUCUAGAUGGAUAUUACUGUCAUCAUGAGGAAUUGAAAAAGUUGAAUGAAGACAUACAAGCGAAGAUAAAUGAUGAGUGUGCCCUCCAUGUGAUCGCAGCGAAGGAACUGGAGGAAGCCACUAAGAAGGUUUCUAAUUUGAAUGCAACUUGUUAUGAGAAAGACGUUCGAAUCAAAAAGGCGGAGAUCGAAUUGGUUGAGUGUCAGACGACUGUGAAAGAUCAAAUCUUAUGUAUUCAUGAACUACUAACUAAAUCUUCCACUGCUAAGCAAGAAGCUUUAUUCCAUCAAUAA